GAGCCGGUCAGCUGUUUAUCAAUCAUGAUAAAUAAUGAGCGCGGAGCGGAGGACAGUAACAGCAUGGAUCAAAAAUCUGAUGAUCGCACGCAAAGCCAAAGCCACAGAUGUCAGCUGCUGGACCUGCCGUGGGAGGAUGUGUUAGUUACACACGUGUUCUGCUACCUGCCACUGCGUCACCUGGUCAGCCUGCAGUGCGUCAGCAAGAGCUUUCGUUCUCUCAUCCAGGUGUAUUUGGCCAACUGCCAUAAGUUUGACCCUGCACAGACAGGGCCUCACAUUCCUAAGGAAGCCUUUUGCUCGAUGCUUCGCCACAAUCAAGUUCUCCACCACCUCUGUGUCACCAACUGCUCCGAAUGGAUCACAGACAAAGAGCUGCUGCCUGUGAUUGGUCAAAACCAGCACCUGCUGCGCGUGGACAUGCGCGGCUGUGUUCACCUGAGCCGUCACGCGCUGGUGGCCGUGUCUCUGAGCUGCCCGCGGCUGCAGCACCUGAGCCUGGCGCACUGCGAGUGGGUGGACAGUCUCGCGCUCCGCAGCUUGGCCGAUCACUGCUCGGACCUGCGCUCGCUGGACGUCACGGCCUGCAGACAGCUGAAGGACGAGGCUGUGUGCUACGUGGCGGGGAAGUGUCCAGCGCUGCGCUCGCUCUCCGUGGCUGUUAAUGCUAACAUCACAGACACGGCGGUGGAGGAAGUGGCCAAAAAGUGCAGAGAGCUGGAGAGGCUGGACCUCACGGGGUGCCUGCGAGUGAGAAAUGAAGCUAUCAGGACAUUAGCAGAGUAUUGCCCCAAACUGCAGUCUCUCAAAGUGAACCACUGUCACAACGUAACCGAGUCCAGUCUGGGCAUUUUGCGCCGGCGUAAUGUGGAGAUCGAUGUGGAGCCUCCCCUGCAGAGGGCACUAGUGCUGCUGCAGGAUGUUGUGGGAUUCGCUCCGUUCAUUAACCUGCAGAUUUAGCACAUCUGGACUAUUCUGGAGUCCAGUAGAGGUUCUCUCAUCCAUGAUCUUUCUCUGGAAGGCUGACUUUUGAAACAUUUUUACACCACUUUUACACCAAUGCAAUAUCACAGAAGACACAACAAUACAUCUACAUUUCAAGUGCUUGUUAGUUUUAGUGUAUUUUAGCAUUUAAAAAGAAACUUUCUUGCUACAGGCUUUAAAAAUGAGGACUUGAACAAAUCCGGUCCUAUUGUUAAUGGUAUUUAUGAUAAGCAUUAGAAGGGAGUUGGUCAAAAUAUAAUAUUUAUUGAAACAGCUUUCUGUUUCCAUGCAGGAAUCAAAUGUUGUAUCAUUUUGCACUCAUGAAAAACUGAAAUAUUUGCACUUUUUUCAGUACAGUCCCUCAGCUUUACUGGACCAUCAGAUUUUUUUCUCAGCUUCAUUAGACAAAUCUGUAAAUGGAAACACAGAUAUUCUUUGAAAUCAUCCAGGGAGCAAUCAAGUCAUGUUUCACAGAACAUGUGUUGAUUUUAUUCCCAUUAAUCUAAUAAUAGAAAUUAAUGGCAUCAUUAUGUUUAGGAGCUAAACAAUACAGAUUCUUAUUAACAUGUGAUUCAUAUGAAUAUUGAUUCAUAUGCACUUUGAAACCUCAGUUUGAAGGCUGGAAAAUCAGUAAUGGUUCAGGUUUACUUCACAGGUUUGUAUUGUUUAAAUAAGACAAAUCGUAUAGUAUGUUUAAUAUUGGACUUUGCUGGUGUUUCACUAUAUGUUGCAUUCAUAAUAUUUCAUCAAUUUACAGAACUGAAAUGUAUUUAUCAAGUGUAUUCAGGUCAUCUGUUCAGCUAAAAUUUUCCUAUCAUAAAGUGCGCUGGAAGAAUUUUAGGAGCUGUAUAUUUGUUGCUUUAUGAGUAUUUCAAGUGUAUCAAGAUACUAUAAAAUGACAGUUUUAUCUUUUUUUUUUUUUUUUCUUGGAUAAUUAUUCAACAUUUUAAUAUGAAAAUGGAAUAUGAUUUUUGCACAUGCACUGUGCUUUAAUGUGUUUUGCUUUUGUAUAUUUCUGUAAAUGUGUGGUUGUAAAUUAAGUGCAUAAAUGUUUUAUGCAAAUUGCUGAGAAAGUAUAAAGUCUUAUGCAAUACGAUGCUUUGAAAUGUUAUUUAGUCUCACUUGAUCACAUUUGUGGUAAUGCAGCAGUUCACCCAAAAAUUACAUUUACUGCAAUGUGCUUACCCUCAAAGAGAUGUAAAUGAGUUUGUUUCUCAAUGGGAACAGACUUGGAGAAAUUCAGGAUUACAUGACUUGCUCAGCAACAGAUCCUCAGUGAAUGGGUGCCGUCAGAAUGGAUUUUCUUCCAUUUGUUUCACAAGCCAUUAAUUGAUGGAAUGCCAUUGCAUGGAUUACUUGUGGAUUAUAGUGAUGCUUUUUUCAGUUGUUUGAACUCUCAUUCUGCACCCAUUUACUUCAUUGGUGAGCAAGUGAUGAAAUGCUACAUUUCUCCAAAUCACAUCCAAAACUUUAAACAUGCUAUUUAACCAGCAGAGGGCGGUGUAACCUAUGCUUUCAAAUGGAUGAAUGUCUUUUAUCAAUUGCGGGAUGGAAGUAGAAAUUUGCACUGAUUUACAAACAUUGUUAUAAAGCAUAGGUUAAAACUUGAAGAGUCUUUAUUUUUGUGGUGUUAAUGGGUUUGGAUCAUAGUUAUAAUUACAGAGAAGUCAAGGUUUUUGACUUGAAAUCCUG